UUAUUUACCUCAUUUCAAACGAUGGGUAAUAUAGAGCAAACCAUUAUAGAUAGCAUAAAAUCUGACGAUCCUUCUUUCAAUGGCGAUGGAUACACCAGUUUGGCGGUUGUGUAUGCGACGCUGUCAAUUGCAAAUUGGAUAACUCCCCCUAUACUAUCAAAAAUUGGAUCUAAAAUGGCAAUGGUUGUGGGUGCAAUGACUUACUGUAUAUUUAUCACAUCGUUCUUAUGGCCUCAAACUUUAUUACUUUAUAUAGCCAGCUUAAUUCUCGGUGUUGGUGCAGCCCUAAUUUGGACAGGACAAGGAAUGUAUCUAACAAAAUGUAGCGACGAAUCAACUAUCUCUAGAAACUCUGGAAUAUUUUGGGCUACGCUUCAAAUGAGCAUGUUUUUCGGAAAUUUACUGGUAUUCUAUCUUUUUCAAGACAAAACCCAUAUCGACAAGGAAACAAGAGUGCUUGUGUUUGCAAUAAUGAUUGGUGUUACAAUAACAGGUAUAGCAUCAUUGUGUACCCUGAAACCACAAAACGAGGCCUCAGUUAUAUUAGAAGACGAAAUACCAGAUGUACAACAAACCCCCAAGCAAGCAUUUGUUAGUGCGACACAUCUAUUUGUUACAAAAAAUAUUUUGCUACUGACUGUGCCCUUUAUAUAUACAGGUCUAGCAUUAUCAUUCUUCAGUGGUGUUUAUGGAGCUAGUAUCGGAUUUACUAAUGCACUUGGAGAACAAGCUAAACAGCUAGUUGGGUUAAAUGGCGUAUUCAUUGGCGUUGGUGAAGUUCUCGGAGGAGUAGUGUUUGGUUUGUUGGGUAAACGAACCAUAAUAUGGGGUCGUGAGCCAAUUAUCAUAGCUGGUCUCAUUAUUCAUGCAAUGAGUUAUUUCCUCAUAUAUUUAAAUUUGCCUGAUUCUGCCCCAUUUGGUGACACAAAUGAGGUUGGUUAUUUUAAACCACCAAUUGCCAGUGUGGCAAUUCUAUGUUCAUUUUUGCUCGGAUUGGGAGACGCUUGCUAUAAUACACAGAUACUAUCAAUUUUAGGCGGAGUUUUCACUAAAAAAUCGGCAGAGGCUUUUGCGAUAUUCAAAUUUGCACAGUCAGUUGCUGCAGCAAUUAGCUUUGUAUAUUCUUCAUAUUUUCUGCUUGGGACUCAGCUUGCUAUUCUUCUAGUAUCUUCUGUAACAGGAACAGUAUGCUUUUGUAUUGUAGAGAGGUCUACCAAGCAAUCCUGCACUUAA